AUGGACAACGUCUCAUCUUUGGAGUGCCUGAAAUUGGAUUCCCAGUCGGAGGUGCUCGAUAUGGUUCCCCUCAAUUGUGAUACGCCAACAAUCGAUAUCAAGGUUAGAGAACCAAAGACUACAGAACUAAUUGAUGAACAUGAAGAACUAAUGGAUGAAGAUGAAGAUGAAGAUGAAGAUGAAGAUGAAGAACUAAUGGAUGAAGAACAAAUAAAUGAAAUUAAGACUUCUCUUAUUCUACACUGGGGCCCUCCUAGUCCAACUGGGAGAAAGGCCGAAGAAUCAAAGGCUGAAGAAUCAAAGGGUGAAAAAUUUGAGGGUGAAGAAUUAGAGGGUGAAGAACUAACACCUGAAGAAAUUGGUGAAUGUAUGUAUUGUUUAAAGGUGGGUGAGCACAUUACCCAACUAUGCCCUUAUCAGCAUCAUGUCCCAAAGAACGCAACUCUUGGCGAGGGUUGUGAGCUAAUUUGUAAGAUUUGCGGAUGCAGCUUUAUAGGCUCAUGUUGUGCUGAUUGUGGCCGAAGUGAAGGAUGCGCCAUUCUCAAGCAUUGUUUACUUUGUGGGAAGCUAGGUGACCAUUGGCCUUCUACGUGCCCGAAACACGAGGGGAAACAUAUUCCUUCUGCUUUUACUUGCAAUGAUUAUAAUGGUUAUUUUACUUUCAACCCUCGUGCUUUGAAAUAA